AUGACUACAGGGCUGUUGACGUUCGAAUUAAUCUUCGUUUUUUGUAUGACUGUUAUUUUACUUAACAAGUAUGGAAAUUGGCGGAAGCAACAUUUUAUAGUAACUAUAUCUACUUUGGUUGGAUGGUAUUUCUCGUUCAUAAUUAUCUUUGUCUUGCCGCUCGAUAUAGCAAUUACUUUUUAUAAUCGUUGUUUGGUGGACGCUAAACAAAAAAAAUUGGAGUCGAACGUAACUCUUGAGUGUGAAGAACCUGAUGGUUUUGUUGAAGAUUAUGUGCUGCGAAGAUUGUGGCGUAUUGUUUAUUGGACUGCCCAGUUGCUGACCUGGAUUAUAUUGCCUUUGAUGCAGAGUUAUUCGAAUGCCGGUGACUUUACUACAGUUGGUCGGCUUCGAUCCGCUGUCUAUAAUAAUGUGGUUUACUAUGGGACGUACCUUACAGUCUUUAUACUUCUUCUUAUAUAUGCUGCAUUUAAAGGGAUAUCGUUGAAUGGGGAGCACCUGAAAGUUAUUUUGAUCUCAGCCUCAAACACUUGGGGACUAUUUCUGUUAGUUGUUCUUUUGGGGUAUGGGUUGAUUGAAGUGCCGCGGCAGUUAUGGCAAAUGGGUGACAGAGGAUACCGCUUGAAUAAAACUUAUUUUGACAUUGAUAAAUUGUCUACUGACAGAAAUGAAGCUGAAGAUUCUUUGCACGACGUUUACAAUGAAGCACGAAGUGCACUAUCGCUGUUGCGCAAUGAACACGUUUUACGAGAAUACGCACAAGCAGUAUUAGCCAAAUUUUCUCCAGACUUAGUUUCUCAAAUCACAUCUGCUCGUUCAACUCUUCCAGCAGCUUCUAACGUACCAACUGAUGAGCAAAGUUUUGUUGCAAACGAGAGUUAUUUGAUAAGCCUACAUCGCCGUGUGAUAAAAGUUAUUCAAAUGCAUCAUCGAACUCAAGCUCAGUGGCAGGCUUUAAUUAGGCUUGCGCUACAUUUGGAGAAUGUUCAGCAAGCGGAAUGUACGGGACAGUUUGUUAGGCUUGACAGUAAUGAGGGUCGUUGGAUUCUUGGAGUUUUAUGUUUUGGAAUGACGGCGUUUAUUAUGUGGAGCGAAUGUACUUUUUUCGUCGUUCAUCCGACAUUAUCACUUGCUGCAAAAGUAGUUGGUGCAGCUGCUUUGACCUAUCAUUAUUUGCAAAUCCAGAUCUGGUCUGUAGCAAUAAUAGCAUACCUGUGUAUUUGCGCAUAUUACACCGUUUUCAAACUUCGAAUAUAUCGUUACUAUCAUCUUGAUCCUCAUCACAUGACUGAUGAAAACAGCCUCCUUUUUAGUGCAAUGUUAACUCCUCCUAUAUGCCUUAAUGCCCUUGGAAUGAUUCAUUUGGAUUCUCAUAUCACAGCUGAUACUGAAUUUCGUGUUGAAACGCAGUUUACUAAAUUCAUGGGCCAUCUGGAUGUAAUCCCGAUUUUAGCUAAGGGGAUCAACAUAUAUCUUCCUAUACUGAUUGUUCUUCUGUGUCUUGGUACCUGGUUCCGAGUAGGAAUUCGACUUUUACACAGCUUAGGAAUAGACCAGUUUGUUGGUGAUGACGAGAUGACUGCCGAGCUUAUUCAUGGUGGAAAGGCAUUAGUCUCUUUGGAACGAAAUAAAAUAAUAAGAGCGUCGAACAGGAAGCAAAGAGACCAGUACUGGGCUGAAAAACUUGCUGAAGUCAACAUAGCAAAAGAUGCUCAGCGUUUUCGAAAGGAUAAAACCUCGUCAUUAGAGCUACAGAGCUCAAAUGAUAGAGAAUAUGGUGAUCGGGAACCUAUUAUGGGAAUAGAUGACUCGGAAUAUUCAUUUAGUUCUCAUGAGUAUUUUGGACAGACUCACAGAGAUCUAAGUGCUCCUCUGCCAUCUAACGUCUUUGAUGAUCUCUGAAA